AUGGCACCUCCUUCCUCCUACUCGACCGGCAACCACCGCCGCACCGAAUCCCAUCAAGGCUAUUACAAUCGCCAAUCCACCCUACCGCCAUCGUCCACUACCACCGCCGCAGUAAUGUCCGCCACAAAAUCCAGACAAUAUGCACACCUACAUUCACAACUGGCUCAACUCAAUGCCCAUCUGGCUGAUACGGAAAACUUGGUGCGCAUGACGGCCGUGCAGGCAGGCGACAUGCGGUUCUUGGGCGGGUAUGUGGGCGGCUUGUUUAUGGGUGCGGCCAAGGUUUUGGGCGAGGAGGGGGUGCAGGGAAAUGCCCAGACCAAUUCCGCAAGGGAGAUGGAAAGGGAAAUUAAGAAUGAGUGA